UUGUCGGCGGUUACAAUGAAGCUAUCGUUGCUAUUAAUCCCCUUGUUAGUUGUAGCAUGUAGUCUCCUCUCCACAGGAGAUGCUUAUGCGGGCCCAAAAGGUGGAGGUGUAGGUUUAGGAGGCGGAGCUGGAAAGGGUAGCGGUGCCGGACAGGGUGCCGGUGCUGGCGGACCUGGUAAAGGAGCUGGCGCUGGACAGGGUGCCGGUGCUGGAGGACCUGGCAAAGGAGCUGGUGCUGGACAAGGUUCAGGAGCAGGUGCUGGACAAGGUUCAGGAGCAGGUGCUGGACAAGGUUCAGGAGCAGGUGCUGGACAAGGUUCAGGAGCAGGUGCUGGACGAGGUUCAGGAGCAGGUGCUGGACGAGGUUCAGGAGCAGGUAAUGCGUCCAACUCUCCCAACGCUGCACCUAAUGGUCCCAAUGGACCUCAAGGUUCCAAUGGGCGUCAAGCUCCUAGUGCACCUCAACAACCUGGGAACACAGGAUCGCAAGGUUAUAAUAAUGAUGACUAUUACCAAGACUCUGGCAAUGCUGCGGACGCCAGCAGUUACAGUUACGACUAUGGUCAGCAAGGUGAUUACAAUUAUGACGGUGAUUAUGAUAGCUCCAGUUCUUCACAAGACUACCAAACCUCAAAUGGAUAUUGCAGUGUGGAUGAAAUUGUCGUCUGCAUGCCUAGACAGUCGCCACCAGCAUACCAACAAAACAAUUACUAUGCCGGCGAUGGACAACAACAGUGGAACGAUUAUGACAACGGUAAUCAACAACAGUUUUCCAAUUAUGACAACAGUUAUCAACAACAGUGGAGCAGUUAUGACAACAACGGACAACAGCAACAGUGGACCAGUUAUGAUAACGGUGGACUGCUGAAUUACAAUCAAGGGCUGAGUUCUGGCACUGGAUUAAAUAUAGGAGGACUUGUAAACGGAGGUCAAAUAAAUUCAUUUUUAAAUCAGCUAAGUGAAUCAACAAGUAAUAACAGAUAGAUGAAUGAUCUUGACAAAUGGACUAGUUCUAAAGUGACAGAGCUCAAAGACUUUAAAGAUAUUAUCUGCUAAAUAAUUGAUGUAAUACAUAUAUUCGUUAUGUUAAUUAAUCUCCGAAUAAUGAAUCUCCUAAGGAUAUACUUUUUGUAUGGAUCAAGGAAAUAAAA